AUGUACAAAUUGUCGGUUAUUUUAUUUUGUUUUUAUUUGUUAUCUACGCAGAUAUAUUGCGGGAAAAUCCAGUACACGGACAAAUGCCAAAAAUAUAACUCAAAACACAAAACCGAAUUGUGCAAAUGGGGCAAAAAUAGUGGUUAUUUUAACCAAGUAACAAGUACAGAGAUAUAUCCUCAAGAUUCAAAAAUGUAUUUCCCCACCGAAAAAAAUACAAACUCUAGUAACAAAAACACCAUAGAAACAGUAACUAUAGAAAAUAAAAAUAUUUUUAAGACUGAACCUAAAUGUCCCGAGGGAUUUAAACUGGAUCAAACUGGAAAGUGCAGGGAAGAAAUUUUAAAUAAAUUUGUGAAAAUGAAAGUCAAAAUUUUUUUGUUCCUGUGUAUUUUAUGCUUGGGCAAUGUGGAGGGUGGACUUAUUUUCAAAAAAGUUGAAGAAACAGUGGGGAAAGUUGGAUGCAAAAUUCAUAAUAUCAGGAUGAAAAUUUUUCAUAAAAAUGAAAAUACCAAUGAUUGUGCUUAUGGAAAUCAGGAGGAAAACCAUGGUAUUAAAGGAAAACCAGAGCUAGCUUUUCCGGAUAUAAAACAAAAUGAAAUUGAUGAUACACAUAGCCCAAUAAAUAACUACAACAAUAAAAACACUUAUAUUCAAGAAAAUAUACCCAUUUCUUCAACUUCAAAAUAUAUUUCCACAAGUGAACCUCAAAUAAACGAAUAUCAAAAUAAAAACAACGAUAUUGUUGAAAAUAUAUUAAAUUAUUCUUCAACAUCCACAUCUACAUCUACAGUUACCUCUACUUCAACAUCCACAGAAACGUAUCCAGAGAUUGACAUAAGAUAUGAAGAUGAUGAACAAAAAAGUACCAACAAAUCUGUUCCACUUCCAGGCGGGAGAAGAAUUAUUGGUGUUAAGGAUAAUUGUCCUGAAGGACAAGCUUUUAUUUCCGGCUCAUGCAGAGAAGAAAUGUAAAUAAAUCUCAUAUUUUGUUUAAAUAAAUUAAUUCAACAAAAAUA